GGGAUUUCAGAUCCAAGUUCCUCGAUGUUUUUCAAGUCCUCAAAUCUGAGCUCUUCGAUGAUCCUGCUUUUGAGCUCAUUGAUUUUUCUCGUCAAUGGGUUGACAACACUUUCACUUUAGAACUCAAGAAUUAUAUAGAGGCUCUCAAGUGACGAACGCCCCCCAAGAUUAACACAACUCUCCUUCAAAUCCGUGCACCCGAACUUGAAAGGUGAAACUGCUCAAGAACUGCCCAGAUAUCUAAUGGAGUUUAAGGACCACCAGAAUCCAGGAGGAACACUGAACCGAAGGUUUUCUGUUCUUGACUGCUACAAGUUCUUGAAAGAAGGAAAAGAAUUGACUGAUGAUGAAUUAUUUCUUGCUUCUGCACUACAAUGCUGUAUUAAUUGGCUUCAAGCGUUUUUUCUUGAACUUGAUGACAUUUUGGACAAGCCUCAUACAAGGCAAGAUCAGGAUUGCUGGUUCAAAGAUCCAAAGGUGUGUAUGUUUGCUGCUAACAAUGGUGUAAUACUUCGACAAAGAAUUCCAAGAGUACUCCGGAAGCAUUUCAGGGAUAAGAAGUAUUAUGUGGACUUGUUGCAUUUAUUUGAUCAGGUGGAAUUUCAGACUGCAGGUGGACAAAUGAACAAUCUGCUCAUUACUUUAGAAGAUGAGAAAGAUCUUUCAAAAUAUUCCUCUGAUCUUUAUGGUCGCAUUGUUCACUACAAAACUGCAAACUACUCAUUCUAUCUGCCUGUUGCAUGUGCUUUACUUAUGUCAGGAGAAAAGCUUGAAGAUCAUCUUGAUACCAAAAGCAUUCUGAUGGAUAUGGGAAAAUAUUUACAAGUUCAGAUUGAAUAUCAUGAUUGUUUCGGAGAUCCUCAAAGUGGUAAGACCGGAACUGAUAUUGAAGAUUUCAAGUGCUCAUGGUUGGUUGUGAAAGCUCUAGAACUCUGUAAUGAUGAACAGAAAAAAGUCUUAUAUGAAAAUUAUGGUAAACAAGAUCCUGUCUGUGUGGCAACAGUUAAACAACUCUAUAAUGAGCUCAAUCUUCAGGGUGUAUUUGCCGAGUAUGAGUGUCAAAACUAUGAAAGCCUGAUCAUAUCCAUUGAAGCAUGUCCUAGCGCGGCAGUGCAAGUACUUCUGAAGUCAUUAUUGGCUGAAGUAUACAAGAGGCAGAACUGAAAGUCUUCUUCUGAAGUCAUUAUUGAACUAGCAACUCAAUUACACAACUAAUCUCAAAUCAAAGCACCUCUAAAACUAAUUCUGUAAUUGAAGAAA